AUGACGUCAUCCACGUCGUCACGCUCGCCGGCACCAGCGCGUCUCGUCCCGUUCUGCGCCGUCCUGCUCCUCGCGACGCUGCUAUGGCCGUCUCUCGCCACGUCCGUCGCACGUGGCGGUUCGGGUCGCCGCGUUCUUCAAGAGCCGCCCGUGUCGGACGAAAUCGUUUCGGCCGAGACGAGCGCGCUGCUGGCGCUGAAGCAAGCUCUGGGGAACCAUCCCGCGUUCUCCCUGGCGGGGAGGUGGUCGGACGGCCCCUCGCCCAACCGCCAGGGCCAGCUGUCGCAGCCCUGCGCUGACACGUGGCAGUUUGUCACGUGCGACUCCACAGGCCGCGUCAUUGCCAUCGACAUGAGCAACCCUUUCUUGGCAUCCCUCAACGCCUCAUGGGCCCGAGGCGCCACAGUGGCGGCUGUAGCGCAGCAGCUGACCGCCCGGGGCGCCAGCCAGCAGGCUGUAGCGGCGGCUGUAGCAGCAGGGGUGGUGGGGCCGCUGAGGGGGGAGAUCACCAACCUCACAUUCAACCGCAUCGACUCACUGCCUGCAGAUGUCACAGCCAUGACUGCUCUCGAGACCCUGCAUCUGGACAUGAACCGCAUCACGGGGUCGCUCCCCGCGGGCCUCUCUGCCCUCUCUCGCCUCUCCUCACUCGUUCUCGGGCAGAACCAGAUUGUUGGCCAGCUGCCCGAAGAACUUGGCGCGCUCACAGACCUUGUGACCCUUUCCCUGUACCGUCUUCCUGUGACGGCCGACUUCCCUCCUUCAUGGGCUGCCCUCGCAUCGCUCUCCUUCUUCUCCUUCUCCUCUGCUGCUGCCUCGGGGCCCUUCCCAGCCUUCCUCACGCAACUCCCCAACAUCCAACACAUCUAUCUGCAUUCCAACCGCCUGUCCGGCUCGCUGCCUGCAGACCUCUGGCGCUUCCCCUCCCUCACCGACGUUGACAUCUCAAACAAUUUCUUCAACGGCUCUGUGCCGCUUCCUCCACCUGAACGCCAGGCUGACUUCAGGUACUUCUUCAACUGCUUCUCCUCUGCAUCCUCCCCCCCAUCAGACGUGCCGGUAGCAGCCGAGGGCCAGUUGGAUGCUGCCGCGUGUACUCAGUUCUACUCCCCUCCUCCCGAGCUUGAUGCUUCCACUGCUGCUGCUGCUGCGGGCACCCAGCAGCAGCCCCCUCCCUCUGACUCCACGUGGGGUUCAUCCUUCUUCACCGUCUGCUUGCUCAUCGCCCUCACCAUUCUCCUCGUAGCCGUCUCCUUCACCUGCUGCCGCCUCGUGCAGCAGCGCCGGCAGCAGAACAGGGACAUGCAGCAGCAGCAAGAGCAGAUGCGUGGGGAUGUGGAUUCAGAAGCUGCUGCAGAGGCGAAUGGCGCUAAUGCGGUGAGUGUGUGUGAACGUAUGAGGGACAUGCAGCAGCAGCAGCAGUGUUAG